CAAAGGCUGUCGAUGGUGUGCACAGAACAAAGCAAGAUGAUGGGCCCAAGGUGAAUGAUCCCAGGCUCCUCUCAGAUAAGCUUCUUCAAAGGACAGCAAAGGUGGUCUAUAUUUUGGAAAAAAAACAUUCCCGAGCAGCUACAGGCUUCAUCAAGCUCCUGGCAGACAAGAACAGUGAACUCUUCAAGAGGUGUGCCAUGUUCUCACCUGUGGACCACAGAGUGCCCAGGGCCUACGUGUCCUUGGCUGAUUGCCCUCCAGACUUUGUGACCAGGCCUGAGGACUAUUCAAAUAUGCUUUUCAUCUGUCGCAUAGUGGACUGGAAAGAAGACAGCAACUUUGCAACAGGGAGGUUGGCCAAAAGUCUUGGCCAGGCUGGGGAGAUUGAGCCGGAAACGGAAGGGAUCCUGACAGAGUACGGUGUGGAUUUCUCUGAUUUUUCCCCUGAAGCCCUGGAAUGUCUUCCCCAGAGCCUGCCCUGGGUUAUCUCACCAGGAGAGCUGGCCAAAAGAAGAGAUUUAAGGAAAGAAUGCAUUUUCACCAUCGACCCAUCAACUGCCAAAGAUCUUGAUGAUGCUUUGUCCUGUAAACAACUCCCUGAUGGGAACUUCGAAGUGGGUGUUCACAUUGCGGAUGUAAGCUACUUUGUACUGGAAGAAACAGCACUGGAUAAAGUAGCGAGUGAAAGAGCAACUAGUGUCUAUCUAGUGCAAAAGGUGAUUCCGAUGCUUCCCAAACUGCUCUGUGAGGAGUUAUGCAGUCUCAAUCCCAUGAAAGAUAGACUGACGUUCUCUGUGAUGUGGAAGAUGACUCCAGAAGGCAAGAUCCUUGAUGAAUGGUUUGGGCGGACUGUCAUCUGCUCCUGUGUGAAGCUAAGCUAUGACCAUGCACAGAGUAUAAUUGAAAGCCCUGGGAAGAUGUUCUCACCUGAAGAACUUCCCCCUGCCUCCCCUCAACACUCAAUAGCUGAGAUCCAGCAAGCUGUGCUGAACCUGCAUCAAAUCGCCCAGCACCUCCGCAAACAGCGCUUCAUUGAUGGUGCUCUGCGCUUAGACCAGCUGAAGCUGUCGUUUACCUUGGACCAGGAGAGUGGGAUGCCUCAAGGCUGUUAUAUCUAUCAGUACCGCGACAGCAACAAGCUGGUGGAAGAGUUCAUGCUGCUCGCGAACAUGGCUGUGGCCCAUCAGAUCUACCGCUCCUUCCCCGAGCAGGCCCUGCUUCGCCGCCACCCCCCACCCCAAACCAAACUGCUGAAAGACCUGAUGGAGUUUUGCAACCAAGUCGGCCUCAACAUCGACUUUAGCAGCGCCGGGACCCUGCACAAAAGCUUAAAUGAAACAUUUGGUGCUGACAAAUACUCUGAAGCCAGGAAAGAAGUGCUGAUCAACAUGUUCUCCAGGCCCAUGCAGAUGGCUCUCUACUUCUGCACCGGUGUCCUGGAGGAUGAGACCCUCUUUCGCCACUAUGCCCUGAACGUGCCCUUCUACACGCAUUUCACCUCGCCCAUUCGCCGCUACGCGGACGUCAUCGUGCACCGUCUCCUCUCUGCCUCGCUUGGUGCCAGCUCCCCUAUCAAGAUGGAGAAAGAGGCCAUCCAGAAACAGGCAGAUCACUGCAAUGACCGGAAGAUGGCUUCCAAGAGGGUGCAGGAGCUCAGCACUGACCUCUUCUUUGCCAUCUUUGUCAGGGAGUGUGGUCCUCUGGAGUCAGAGGCCAUGGUGAUGGGUGUCCUGAACGAGGCCUUCGAUGUCCUGGUGCUGAAGUUUGGAGUCCAGAAGCGAAUCUACUGCAAUGCGCUGCCCUUGCUGGGCUUCCACUUCCAGAAGGUGGGGAGGAAGCCAGAGCUGACACUCAUGUGGGAGCCGGAGAAGCCAGAGCAGGAAUCUGUGCCCCAGGUGAUCACCAUUUUCACGCUGGUGGAGGUCAUGCUGACGUCGGAUGGCGUCCCGCUCAAGUACAGUGCCCUGCUCAAGAGACCAGGCUCAGAGAAGUGA